UAUUUGUAUUUUUUAUAAUUUAUAACAAUCGUUUGUUUUGCACAAGUUUAAAACAAACACACAUACACAUGCGUCAAUAAGUAAACGAAAAACAAUAACGAAAUGGAGAGCUAUUCCCCGGACUUGCUAUGGAUGGUCGUCAUAGGCUUUCUUAUAGCCUUUGUGCUGGCCUUUGGCAUAGGCGCCAACGAUGUGGCCAAUUCCUUCGGCACGAGCGUGGGCUCAGGCGUGCUAACCAUACGUCAGGCUUGCCUUUUGGCAACCGUUUGUGAAAUCUCUGGCGCCGUGCUCAUUGGCUACAAGGUCUCGGAUACGAUGCGCAAGGGCAUACUGGAAGUGAGCCUAUAUGAGGGAGCCGAGGAGGUGCUUAUGCUGGGCUGUGUGGCGGCAUUGGCUAGCAGCGCAGUUUGGCUUCUGGUUGCCACGUUCCUGAAACUUCCCAUAUCGGGCACGCACAGCAUUGUGGGCUCCACCAUUGGUUUUUCGCUGGUUGCACGCGGUGUGCAAGGACUCAAGUGGUCUACAUUGGCCACCAUUGUGGUCUCUUGGUUCAUAUCGCCGGUGAUGAGCGGCCUGGUGAGCAUACUCUUGUUCUUGGCUAUACGUCGGUUCAUAUUGCGUGCCCAAGAGCCACUCAAGGCGGGCUUUCGCUCGCUGCCUAUCUUCUAUGGCGUUACAUUCUUCAUCAAUGUCAUUAGCGUCGUUAUGGAUGGACCCAAGCUGCUGUAUAUGGAUAACAUACCCACUUGGAUUGCUGUGAGCGCCAGCGUGUGCUUAUCGCUGCUGGUGGCAUUGCUUACACAACUGGUGGUGGUGCCGCUGCAGCGCCGGUCAAUUGCCAAGAAGUUGAAUGCUGAGCAGCCAGUCAAGUUUAAUGUUGAAGACUCAGUGGAAUCGUCGCCGUCUGGCAGUCCGAAUAAGCAGCGCCGUCCACUCUCGUUGGUUAGCGAGGGUAAACCGCUGCCAGCUAUAGCUGAGAUCACUGAGCUGGACUCACUUAGCGACAACUCGCCCAGAACCUUCAAGCUGCCGUUCGGGUUCGCUGGCAAGAACAAAAAUGCCAACGUGGAGGAUUACAAAUUCAAUCUGGAGCUGAUACGCAAGGCCGAGGGUCUGUUGGGCAAGGCCAGUUUAGAUAACACGGAUUUGACGGUGACCAGCCUCAACUACAUCGAUGAGCAGCAGUUACAGCAAUCUGGACGCAAGCUGCAGGAAUGUUUCACGCGUGUGCAGUCGCCUAAGGAUGAGCACAAGCCAGCAACUGCAGCUUGUAGCACAGCCACCAAUAACAAUCUGCAGACGGUGGAGGGUGCAGCCAGCCUAGAACUCAUGAUUAGAACUCAUACGCUACCGCCCAACUCCAGCCAGGUGCCGCUGAUUGAGAGCAAAGAGGCGCUACAUGAGCAGGAGGAGGAAUUUAACUGCCAAGCCGAGCAUCGUACAAGUAGCGCCGAAGAAACUCAAGAGAUAUCGAUGCUGUUUUCGUUCCUACAAAUCCUAACGGCCACCUUUGGCAGCUUUGCCCAUGGUGGAAACGAUGUGAGCAAUGCUAUUGGGCCCCUGAUUGCGCUCUAUAUGAUUUACCGCGAGGGCUCGGUUAUGCAGCAGGCGGAGAGUCCCAUUUAUAUAUUGAUCUACGGUGGCAUUGGCAUCUCUGUGGGACUGUGGCUAUGGGGCCGACGCGUUAUUGAGACCAUUGGCAACGAUCUAACAAAGAUUACCUCUUCGACUGGCUUUACAAUUGAAGUUGGCGCCGCCAUUACCGUUCUGCUGGCCAGCAAAAUUGGUUUGCCCAUUUCGACGACGCACUGCAAAGUCGGUUCGGUGGUUUUUGUGGGUCAUGUGAGCGCUGCGGGACGAAAACAGAAGCGACAGCAAGAACAGCCAGAACAGGAGCGGACAGCUGGAGCAGUCAUGGAGGAUGGCAGCGUCGAUUGGCAUUUGUUUCGAAAUAUUGCCUAUGCCUGGAUUGUCACUGUGCCCGUUACCGCCUUGCUCAGUGCUGGCAUCAUGUAUGUGCUCUGCUCCAUUGCAGUGGAUAAUAUGGCAGGUUAGGAUGCAAGUGCAGCAGCAGACUUAGUCGCGUCGUCUAUUCAAUUAUUAAGCUAAACACUAAUAUUUCGAAAUUGUACCCAAGUUGACAAACGAAAACUUAACAAAAAAUAAAA